AGCUAGCUACAGGACGCAAGGGACCCCACAUCACCUCACAUCCCUUCGGCGAUAAGGUCCCGUCGCCCCGCACACAGUUGCUGUUACGGAAGCAGCAGCAGGCAAAAAGUCAAUGACGUUGACCCUGACCCUGCGUUUGAGCAUAAAAAUACUUUCCUUUUCUUCUCUUGCUGGAAAUCUGCCUUCUUCAUUUACACUCAACAAUUGACAACUUCUUCAUCAACAAUCAUCAACAUGCCGGACCAAGGAUUCCCCCAGACCGGCAAGCGGUUCGAGCCGAAGAAUAUGCUGUUCAGAUACCUGGGCGACACUGGUCUCAAGGUUUCUGUGCUCGGUCUUGGAGGUUGGCUCACGUACGGAAGUGACAAUGGCGUCAAGGAAGUCGAGCAAACGGCUGAAUGUCUGCAAGAAGCUUGGGAUCACGGAAUCAACUUCUUUGACACGGCUGAAGUGUAUGCGGAAGGUCAAUCGGAGAUCAUUAUGGGCAAGGCGCUGAAGAAGUGUGGGUUUGAGAGAGAUGAUUACGUGAUUACUACAAAGUUGCAUUUUGGUGAUGGAAAUGGAUACCCAAACAAUCACGGUCUUUCACGAAAGCACAUCAUCGAAGGCAUGAAGCGCUCCCUCAAGCGUCUCGAACUCGAUUCUGUUGACGUUGUCUAUGCUCAUCGUGCCGACUUCUGGUGCACGCCCAUGGAAGAAACGGUUCGCGCAUUCAACACCCUCAUCGAGCAUGGCCACGCUCACUACUGGGGCACCUCCGAAUGGAGCGCCUUCGAAAUCGAGCACGCCCAGCACGUCGCCACCCGACUAGGCCUGAUCGGUCCCGUGGUUGAACAACCGCAAUACAACAUGUUCGUCCGCGAGAGGUUCGAAGCCGAGUAUUCGCCCCUCUACAAGCUUUACAACUAUGGUACCACCAUCUGGUCUCCGCUGUAUCAGGGUAUCUUAACAGGGAAGUACAAUGAUGGCGUCCCGGCCGAUUCUCGCUACGCGACGAUUUCUAAAGAUCAGGUAUCCAAGUUCGAACAACCGGAGACGAAAGCCCAGAUCGAGAAAGUCAAGAAACUCACUACGAUUGCCGAGAAGCUUGGUGGCUCCGUCGGCAACUUGGCGCUGGCCUGGGUGAUCAAGAACCCGCACGUGUCGGUGGCUAUCCUAGGUGCUACCAAGGCUAGUCAGAUUACGGAGAAUGUUAAGUGUUUGGAGUUGUUCCCUAAGAUGACCGACGAGGUUAUGAAGGAGAUUGACGAGGUGUUGGACAAUACGCCUAAGAUGCCGGGACCAAUUCCGCCAACAAGAGGAAAGAUGACUUUGAAUAAGGCGUUGAUGUAGAUGUCUUUCCUUCUAGAUGUCUAUUGAAUUUUUAGAUGAAAGCAUA